UCUAUCAAACAUUUAUUGUUUACAUUGUGUGAUGAGAAAAAAAAAAAAUUUAUAAAACAAUUUUGCUCAAAAAAUAACAAAAUAACUUUGUGAUUAAUUAUAUUUAUAAAAUAUGAUGAAGUUGUAAUUUAAAAAAAAAGGAAAAUUCAACACAAAUAUAAGUAAAAAAAUAUAUAAAACAUCAAAAUGAUUGAGCCAACAUUUAAAAUGAUAUUUACAGUGUCAAAUAAAGAAAAAGUACAACAAGCAGUUACAAAUAAUCUUCGUACAUUGGGUGUUAAACCACGAUUAAAAAGAAAUAUAAUAAAAACAUCAGAAAAAGAUUCAGUACGUAAUGAUAAAUUUAAAAAAGUAUUUAAUAUUUUAUUAUCACAACAACCAACAGAUCCAGUUAAGCUAUCAACUGGUACAUUGUUAAAUGUACCAACAUUUGUAAGACAAGCUGUACAAUACCUAGAUAAUCAUUUAAAUCAAGAAGGAUUAUUUCGUAAAGCUGGAUCAAACACAAGAUUAAAAGAACUUGUAUCAAGAUUAGAUAAUGGAAUUGAGCUUGAUGAUAAAAGUCAACCAAUUGAUGUUGCAAAUUGUUUAAAAAAAUAUUUUCGUGAUUUACCAGAACCAUUAAUACCAUAUUGUUAUCAUGAUUUAUUUGUACGUUGUGGUAUGUUAAAAAUUGGUAAAAUUGAUGCAAUAUUACAAGCAUGUUUAUUAUUACCAUCACAAUAUUUAAGUACACUUGCAUUUGUCAUGGAUUUUUUAAAAAAAGUAUCAUUACAUGAAAAAAUGAAUAAAAUGGGUAUUGAUAAUUUAGCAAAAGUUGUUGGACCAAAUAUUAUGCCAUUAAGAGAAACAACAAUGGCUGCUGUACAAACAAGAUUAGAUGCACAUUUAACAAUUAUCAAGAUAUUAAUUGAAAAUGCUAGAAAUAUUGGAGUUGUACCAAAAUUUAUUCUUGAUACAUUGUCGAUUGAUUCAAAUGGAAGCAUUGAAAAUGAACUUGAUCAUUCAGAUUCGUCAUUUAAACAAAAAAAGAAAAAACAUCGUAGUGGAAGUUUAACAAGAAUGUUUAAUGGUUUGAAGAAAAUUGUUGGUAAAAAUGGCUCACCAGAAUGUGGUAUGAUUAAUCGUCGUUCAGUUGAUUCACAAUCAUCACUUGUAUCACCAAUAAAACCUAAUAAAAAACGUAAAAUUAUUGAUACAAUAUCACAUCCACAUCAUCAACAACAACAGCAACAAUUAAUACAGUUGAAAAAGAAACGUGAAUCAUAUCAAGGUACAUCUAGAGUAUUAUUUUCAUCGCCAGUAUCAGAUGAUCCAAAUCCAACACAACAAAGACAACAACAAUUAAAACAAGAAAAACACAAAAAAUUAGGUAUUAAUUUGGAUCGUUUUGUAUUGAAAAAUCGUCAAAAAUUAAUUGAUAAUGAACGUUCAAGUCCGACAAUUGAACGUAGAUGGAGUAUGGCAACAGGUACAUCAAAAAAUAUAAAAAAACGUAAUAUUAAAAAAACAAGUGCAUCAUCAUUACUUGAGACAAAAAUAUAUAAUAAAAAUAAUGAAUUUACAAUGAGACCAUUAAAUGAAGAUUACAAUAAAAUGUUUACAGAAUCAGAAGUUAAUUUAUCUGAUGAUACAUUUGAUGAUUGUCAUAAUAAUUUAUCAAUAUUAUCAAAAAAAAAUUAUCGUCGUUCAAUAAAUUAUAAUAAUCUUCAACAACAACAACAAUCUACUAAUAAAAGAUUAUCAGUAUCAUCACCAUCACUAAUAACACCAACAGCACCAGUAUCACCAUCAAUAUUAUCAUCAUCAACAACAAAAUUUCAUGAAGAAGAUACAGAUUAUGUUAGAAUACCAAAAAGUGAAUAUGAAGAAAUAAAAAAUCGUGUAUCAGCAAUUGAAACACGUAUACAUGAAGAAUUCGAAACAAUUGAUGAUAAUAAUUUAUAUAAUAUUGAUUUACCAAGUCAAGUACAAAUUAAAUAUGAAAAAACACUUGAUAAAUCAAAUAUUGAAACAAUAACACCAGCUGAUCAACUUGCUAAACGUCUUAGUCGUGAUUUAAAAAUUCGUAAAUCAAUUGAAAAUAAAAUAAUACGUUCACCAAGUGCUAGAAAAAUUGGUGUUAUACGUAGACGUUCACAAGAUAAGUUACAAUUAUCAAAUCGUCGUAAAUUGAAUCGUUCAUCAUCAUGGCAUAUAUCUGAUAAAUCAAAAGCUCAUGAUAAUAAUACAAUCAAGCACAUCAACAUCAACAGCAACAAUACCAACAAUGAUUGUUUACAUUUAAAUAAUGAAACAAAUGCAAAGCUUGAUUAUGUACAUAAAAAAUUGUGUACAUUGAUAAAUCACACUGAUGAACAUACAAAAUCACCAACAAUAAAUUACUCAAGUAUAAAUAAUAACAUUAAAAAUACAAUAAUAAAUAUAAAUACAAAUAAUAAUAAUAAUAUUAAAAGAUCAUCAUCAUUUCAUGGUAAUGAAACAAUUGAUAAUAGUAAAAAAAUAAUAUUUAAUAAUCAAAUGAAAAAUAUUAAAAAUACAAAUAGUCAUAGAUUAAUAUUGCCAAUUAAUAAUAAUGAUAAUAAUAAUAAUAUAAAUGAGGAUAAUAAUAUUAUUUGGAAUAAUGCAUCAAUGUAUUUUGAUAAUAAUAAUAAUAAACAAUCAAUAGUUAAAGAAAAUAGUAGUCCAGCUGUUGUUGUUGUCAGUCAAACUGGUCGUGCAUCAAUUGCUAAAUUACGAACACAAAAUGCUGGUAUGGUAUUGGCAAAAGCACGUUUGUUUGAUGACAAUGAUAAUAAUAAAUUGAUUGAAAAUAAUACAGUUAAAACUGAGAGACAAAAAAAUAAUAAUUUACGUGAUGUUAAGAUUGUAAUUUCAUCACCAACUACUAAUUCAUCUUCAUCGACUUUGUCAUCAAGAAGAAGGAAGAGUAAAAGUCCAAAAAAUGUUGAUUUAAAAUAUAAAUUAUCACCAAUUAAAUUACAUAGUCAAUUGUCAUUGAUUGAUCAAGAAAAUUCAAGACGUGAUAAUUUACUAUCUGUUGCACCAAUUGGUGAAUUGAGUUUGUUUCAUGAUGUUGAUACGAGUUUAAUUAAAACUCCACAUAUCAAAAAACAACUGGCUAUUAAAACACCCAAGAGUGCUAAAUCAGUUGUUAGAAGAGUACCAAUUGAUACUAGAAGAACACCAUUGAAAGCUGUUGCACCACCAUUUGUUGGAACACCAAAAAGACAAAGUCCACGUAAUGCAUUUAGAUCGAAAAUUGUCGCUAGAAAUAUUAUUUAAGUUUUGCAUAAUUUCUUUUGAUAAUUUUUUUUCUAUAAUAAAAUUUUAUAAUUGUAUAUGACAAUGAUUAUGAUCAUGAGACUUUUUUUUUUUUUCUAUAUAUAUAUAUUUGUAUUUAAUGAUUAAUCAAUUUUUCAAAAAAAUAUCAAGAUAAGUAAUAAAUAUUAACACUGUGAG